AUGGCUGAUCAGAAGAAAACCCCAACUCCAAACCCGGACUCCCAGGCUUCGACACCCAAGCCUAAGCGUGCUCCCAAGCUCCGCAAGAAGAACAGUCCCGCUCAGCAAGAGCGAAGCUCGCCACCGUUUGAGCAGGACCACGAACAGGAGGAGUCUAAACCAAACACCGAAGGCAGCGAGACUAGCCAGCAGGGCGAAGACCAGGACCAAGCCCAGACUCAAGAAGAACCCCAACAAGAACCGGAAAAAGUACAACAACCCGAACAAGAACCAGGAGACCAGCGCAUCAACCGCCGGCGCCGCCGACAUCGUCCCCCUCCCCGCCCCCAGGAAUCAGACACCGAAUCCAUCCAUCGCAGUGAUCUAGACCCCCAACCUCAGCCACGCCAGCGCACCCGACGAACCCGUCAGGUUGAGGUCCACCAAGGCCAGCAGGAGGGCGGACCCCUCGGUGCAUUGGGUGGUGUCGCUGAACAGCCUGGCCAGCUGGUGCAGAGCACCGCUGGCAACGCCGUGAAUGGAGUCACGCAAAACGCGGGCAACGCUGUCGGUGGCGUGUUGGGCGGUGUUAAAAAGGAACAAAAGGAGGAGGGCGGUCGAGACGAGCAAUUGCGGCUGCGGCUGGAUCUGAAUUUGGAUAUUGAACUUGAGCUGAAAGCGAAGAUCCAUGGGGAUUUGACGUUAGCUUUGCUGUCAGUAUUUCUCUUCCCUUUCUUCCCCCUUUCCCCCUUCCACCUCAGCAAUACUAUACUCCUUUAUAUUCCUGGUGGCUUUUCCACUGACUGA